CCCUGCCAGGCGCCGCUGCUCCCCGCCAACGACUCUUACCACGGCGGAAACUGCAGCGCCGAGGAAGGGAUCUACCAAGAUGCCACCCCCCUCUCCGGGAAGAUCGUGCUCGCCGUCGUCCUGGCGCUCGUCACCCUGGCCACGGUGCUCUCCAACGCCUUUGUCAUCGCCACGGUCUACCAGACGAGGAAACUCCACACGCCGGCCAACUAUCUGAUCGCCUCGCUGGCCGUCACCGACCUCCUCGUCUCCAUCCUCGUCAUGCCCAUCAGCACCAUGUACACUGUGACCGGCAAGUGGACGCUGGGCCAGAUCGUCUGCGAUAUCUGGCUGUCCUCGGACAUCACCUGUUGCACGGCGUCCAUCCUGCACCUCUGUGUCAUCGCCCUGGACCGCUACUGGGCGAUCACCGACGCCGUCGAGUACUCCACGAAACGGACUCCCAAACGGGCAGCGGGCAUGAUCGCGCUGGUGUGGGUCUUCUCCAUCUGCAUCUCCAUGCCCCCUUUGUUUUGGCGGCAGGCGAAGGCCGAGGAAGUCUCUCACUGUGUGGUGAACACGGACCACGUCCUCUACACCGUGUACUCCACGGUGGGGGCCUUCUACUUCCCCACUCUGCUGCUGAUAGCCCUCUACGGGAGGAUCUACGUGGAAGCCAGAUCGCGGAUUUUGAAGCAGACGCCAAAGAAAGCAGGUAAAAGACUAACGCGGGCUCAGUUAAUCACAGACUCGCCGGGGUCGUCCUCCUCCGUCACGUCCAUAAACUCCAAGGCCCCCGAGGGAUCCAGCGAAACGGGCUCCCCCGUGUACAUGAACCAGGUGAAGGUGAAGGUCUCGGAUGCCCUGCUGGAGAAAAAGAAGCUCACGGCCGCUAGAGAGCGGAAGGCUACAAAGACUUUAGGGAUUAUUUUAGGAGCCUUCAUCGUCUGUUGGCUGCCCUUUUUCAUCAUCAGCCUGGUGUUGCCUAUUUGCAAGGACGCUUGCUGGUUCCACAUGGCCAUCUUUGACUUUUUCACGUGGCUUGGAUAUCUCAACUCCCUCAUCAACCCCAUCAUCUAUACUAUGUCUAACGAAGACUUCAAACAAGCUUUCCACAAACUCAUACGUUUCCGAUGCACAGGCUGAACAUUUUGAAUGCGAUGUGUUCUCCGGGGCUGCCCCCACGCACGCCCGUGCCCGACGCCACAGAAUCAAGUUGCUAUUGUAAAGACCCACUGCUUGAAACUUCCCCAAGCCCAGUUGCCAGACUCAUGAUGCUGCAAAAACGUCAAUACAUACUGCCACCAAACUGCUCAGCUCUGCAUUUCAGUGUAAUGACUCUGGCAGAGAUGCUGUUCCAAUAGUCACGCAGAUCAGUUGCAAAAAAA